AAAAAACAAAAAAAAUAAAAGCUUUUUCAUUUGUUUUUUUUUACCUUUCUCUUUCAUAUAACCCUAAAAGGUCUUCUAAUUGUUAGUUGUGAGAAGAAGAGAGGAAAAGUGAGAGAGAGGAAGGAAAACAAGAGGCCAUAGGUUUGCAACCAGCAAGGAAGAAGAGCAUCAAGGAGACCACAAAUCACAUUGGGGAGGCCAUAGGCUUGCAUUGAGAGCAUCAAGGAGUCCAAAGCAAGACUUCUCAACUCAUUUGAAAGAGCCUUCACGUUUAAAAAACAUUCAUUUUUCACAAUGCCUAAAAAGGAUGAGGCUUGGAAAUAUACUGAAGACUUUAUUGGCAGACAAAAAAAUCAAACAAAAUGUUUUUUUUGUAAAGAAAUUAAUUUUGGUGGCAUCAAUAGAUUUAAAUACCAUAUUGCCGGCAUACCUGGCCAUGAUAUUGAGGUAUGCAAAUUACAAACUCCUGAGGCAAAACAUUUCUUUUAUGUCCAAUUAGAAACACAUGAACAAGAAAAGUUAACUAAGAAGAGGCAAUUGGAAGAGUUAAGUGCUAUUGGCUCCCAUGCACCCACAUCCGCAUCCGCAUCCACAUCCGUAGGCUGUGUUGGAGAGGGUUCUUCCAUGCCUCCCUUUCACCCUAGUGCUUCUGCUAGUGCUAGUCCUAGUGGCGCUAUUACCUUUGGCCCUAGAGUUCGGAAAUCCAGGUUGGAUAGUUAUUUUGUGCCGCGUAGUACUCCUGGGGCACAACCCUUGCUUGAGGGCAUGGGUUGGAACAAGGAGGUUCAUGAUGCUGCAAGAAAACAAAUUUGCAAGUUUUGGUACUUUUGCAACAUUCCAUUUAUUGCAGCCAGGUCUCUUUAUUGGCAAGGCAUGGUAGAUUCCAUAACCAUUUGUGGUGCGGGGUUUAAAGCCCCUAUCGAUGCUGAGUUAAGUGGCCCCCUCUUGUUACAAAUGGUUGAGGAUAUGAAAGUUGAGCUAGAGGACCACCGACAGUCUUGGAGCCAAAAGGGUUGCACCAUCAUGACAGAUGGUUGGACAGAUAGGAGGAAUAGAACACUCCUAAAUUUUCUUGUUUCCUGCGGAGGAUCCACCAUGUUCUUGAAAUCUAUUGAUGCUUCCUCACAUGUGAAAAAUGCCACAUACUUAUGUGAGGCUAUUGAGGAAGUCAUACAAGAGGUGGGGGAAGAAAAUGUGGUGCAGGUGGUGACAGAUAAUGCAGCAAGUUAUGUUGCUGCAAGUAAAUUUUGAACUUUUCAA